CACCGGGUGGCAGCGGGCACGGGGCCGCCCUGGGGGCUGGCACUGCCGGGCUCCGUGUCCCCACGGCCCCGUGUCCCCGCCGGGCAUGGCCCUGCCCUGAGCACGGGCACCAGGAGGAGGCGGCGCCGCGGCUCCGGCAUGGGGGACCCCGAGACCCUGGCGGCGCUCGGGGAGGUCGGGGGGCGGGGCCAUCCCUUGGCCCCGCCUCUAUGUCAGCCCCUGGCCCCGCCCCCGCCGGGCCCCGCCGAGGUGGAGCUCACGUGGCAGGAGAUCCUCUCCCUCAGCGAGCUCCAGGGCCUGGACAUGGUGACAGACCCCCCCUUCGACCCCCUCUUUUGCCCCCUCCCUCCUCUCCCCCCUUCUCCCUACACCCCCCUUCCUCCUCCUCCUCCUCCUCCCCCCCCCCCCCCACCCCCCUUUUACCCCCCCUUUCCCCCCCCCCUCCUUUCCCCAAUCCCCCCCUACCAACACCCUUCGCUCCGGAGCCCCCGACCCACCCAGUCGCUCCCUGGGGGGGCGGCGGCGGCGGCAGCAGUCGGGACCCCCGCCGGGCGCUGGCAUCGGCGUUACCCAUCGGACCCGAAGCCAUCGUCAACUUGCCGGUGGAAGAUUUCAACGCGUUGUUGGGACGAGCGCGAUUGUCGGGACCGGAGUUGGCUUUAGCUCGUGACAUCCGCCGUCGCGGCAAAAAUAAGGUGGCGGCUCAAAAAUGUCGCCGCAGGAAAUUGGAAGCCAUCGCUCGGUUACAGGCGGAAUUGGGGAGGUUGGGGAAGGAACGGGAACGGUUGUUGAGGGCGCGGGGACAGGCGGAACGGGCGCUGGGGGCUCUGCGGCGUGACCUGGCCCGUGUUUCGGCGCAGGUGCUGGGGGCCCUGAGGGACGGGGCCGGGAACCCCCUGCCCCCCGAGAGGUUCGGGCUGCGCCUGACGCCUGACGGGGGGCUCAGCCUGGACAGCCCGGGGCUGGGGGAGUUGUCCUGAGCCCCCAAAGGGCACCCAAGGGUGUCCCCGCACACCCCGUGGCUGCGAUGGGUCCUGCACCCUGCGCUGUCCCCCAGCCCCUCGGGGUGCCCCCAGCCCUCCCCGGGACACCCCGUCACCGCCACCCCUGUACAUAGACAAUAAACCAGCUCACGAGG